AUUUGGCUCGGAAAGCAAGCACCGGAACUCAAGACACAACUAAACAAGCACAGAGGACCUCUCAAAGGAGAGAGAGAAAUCAGUCGAGCCGCACUCGCAACUCAGACAACUAGUCAUUCCAUGACGAGCGAUGUAAAUCAACAACUAUAUUUCUCCUUUCACCUGGUUUGUGCGCGAUUGUCUGGUGCGAUACGCGAUAUUAGAUUCAACGGGACAAACGUCAGAUAAGUUUUGCUCUCGGAGGUAAAAGUCAAGUCGUUUGACACAGGAGGGCAAGAAUUCAACUUGACUGUGGAUGAAAAGUUAUGGAAAGUGCGAAAUCCACAAUUGGAACAUGAAACCGGUGCUGGCGCGACUCCCUCUCUUUCGUCUUUGCCUUCUUCUUUCCCUUUGGUGCCACGUGUUGGUCAAUGCUGUUCCCAGAGAGGAACCAUUCGGCUCACCCAAUUCCGGAAAUGAGGGCGGAAGUGAUAACAAGAUGGCUGCCGGAAGAGGAGAUCCCUUCCUGUCGCUAACCUCGGUUCCUCCUCAACUUGCGUUGGGAAGGCAGGGAUCUUUCAAGAAAGCGACUCUAUUCCAAGACAGCUCCAAGGACCACGAAGAAGAAAUGUCGGAACCGGGGAAAGAAGAGGAAGAGGAGGAGGAGGAACAAGAACUUUCAACCACAACUCCUCGUACCAUUUGGAAGUUCUUGAGUGGAGCAAAUAGCAUGAAGGUGGAAGCGAAGAAAGGAGCGACGAGGGCGCCGACUUCAACGAGAGGAUCGAUGAUCGCCACCAAUCGAAGAGGCCUUUUGCCCAUUGAGGAAGAUCAUUGGGACCAGUACAAGAAGGAUCACCAAAGCGCAAACUCGGGCGCCUUAAGAACCAAUGAAAUUCUCAAUAACCUCAUUGAGAGCAGAAUUGGUGGUACCUUUGUACCCGCCGGAAUGCACACCCAUGCCCAACCUCCUCCGGGACUCUACAAUUCAAACUCGUGCCAAGGAAUCAUUGGAUUCAGUCUGGUUCGAGCCAAAAAGAGUUCACUUCAAGGCCAGCGAGGUCGUGUGGCCUUUGAGAACACGUUCACGGACUUAAAUCAAGCAUGGGACGCCAAGCGAUCCGUCUUCCAAUGUCGCCAACCUGGCCUGUACUUCUUUUCCUUCAAUGGACGUGGCAAACCUGAUCUCGGGGAUAAGUUCUGGAUAGCUUCAUUAAUGUUGAAUGGCGUGGAGGUGGUCUCCAUAGGCGGGACAGAUGAGUCUGGAUCCUCGAACACGAUCUUACUCCCUCUGAAUUUUAAUGACGAGGUUUGGCUCCAAUUAAUGCAGGGUGCGCUCAUCGAAUCGGACGACCGGUCCCGCACCGGGUUAACGAGUUUCUCAGGGUACAGAGUGGGUGGGAUCGCUCCGACUGACAUUGAUCCAGAUCUCUCCGUUGAACCGGAGAAAGAACCCAUCAAGGAUGAGGAAUCCCUUCUCUCUCAUCGCCAUAACCUGGCUUUUUUCGAUCGCGAAAGUGAGGAACGAGAUCGUUACAACACUGUCACGCAAGAUCCAUUCGAUUUCUUGGAUAGUCGGGAACGAGAUCGCUUCAAAUACAGAGAACGAAUUCAGAGCAACAUAGCCUCGCCUCAAUUUUCGAAUCGCAUUUCCCAUCCUCAAUAUUCAAAAUGGGAAUCCUCGUCCCACGAGAGGAACGAAUUCCGCAAUCGACUGCAAUCCAAACCGGAGUUGCCAUCGCAUUAUCCUAAUCGGAAGUCUGACCUGGGGUCCAACUUGAGUACGCCUCUUCCAGUUCGAAGAUACUAUUACCCGGAAAAGAGUUCCCCAAGAAGCUCACCUAAGCCACGACCAUCCAUUGCAGCUGGGAACGAUGAAGCCUUCCGUCGUCGAUUUGGAACAGGGGCCAAGGACCGUUUCCCUUUUGUCUCCUUACUAGAAACCUCGCGCUAUCAAGAGACCAAACGGCGGUUGGAACAACAAAGGAGGGAAUCGCCAAUCGACAACAGACGAGAUCCCUGGCCAGAAAAGGACGCCUAUCAUCGACGAGAAUAUUCCUGAAUCAAUGUUACCCAUCCAUGGGAUGAUUUUUGAAUCUCAUUAAGCUAACUAAUAAACUCAAUCCAUGAGCCAGCCUU